UACCGCAAUCAUUACAUUCACAUGCAUAUAACUUCAUAUUUGUGUACAUGGUCAGUGAGAUGUAAUCUAUUCUCUAGUUUACAUUCUUCAACACGUUUAUAUACUCUUUUUUAUAUAGAUUAUAUCUAUGCUAAAAAAUCAACUUAAACGCGUUGUGGAUUGAUAAACCUCACGUAGUGUUGAUUAAUAUUUGAUAUCAAACUGUAAAAAGACGCGGAAGGAAAACAAACAAAAAGCAGGAUAAUAAUUUAACAUGUUAUACAACUAACUACAUGAAUACUGAAAUCAAAAAGUGGAAUAAUUUCAGACACAAUGGCAAGUGAUUCAGGUUUACGAGAGGAUACCACAGACGCUAAAGGGUUCCUAGGAUCUUUCGUGGGAAAGUUGAUGUGUGGAACUGUGCGUUCUAAGGCCUUUAUGGAUAUAAAGGAUAUUGAGGAAGAGGAUAUUCAGGAAGCCUACAAGAAGGUGCCACCUGCUUUCAAGCGAAAGGAAUUGUUGUCUGACAUGUACAAAAUGGACUUCCCGCGCCGGGGAAUUGCCGUCGUUAUAAACAACAAGAACUUUUCACCAGAAAUGGAAAAGAAAGGGUAUGGGGUUCGAACCGGAACUGAUGUUGAUGCUACAAGAAUUUGCAGCAGACUUAAAAUGCUAGGGUUUGAAGUAGACCGUUACCAUGACGCCACAUGCAAGCAAAUGAAAAUGGCGUUCUCUGGCGCUGCAGCUAAAGAUCACAGUGACGCUGACUGUUUUGUCGGUGUGAUACUGAGUCACGGUGAAAAGGACAAAGUAUUUGGCACAGACGGGCCCGUUGACACAAACGACAUAUUUCAGUAUUUUAAGGGUUACAGCUGUAAAUCAUUAGCUGGAAAACCAAAAAUAUUCUUCAUUCAGGCAUGUCGAGGUCACCAGCUUGACGAAGGAGUGAAUAUGAAUGUCGCAGAUGCCAAACCAUUUCAAUAUGAAGCAAAAGCAGAAGAAGAAGAAGAAAUUCGAAUUCCGAACGAGGCUGAUUUCAUAGUUUCGUAUUCUACAGUUCCCGGAUAUUACUCUUGGAGGAAUUCUGCAAAUGGAUCAUGGUAUGUGCAGGCGCUGGUGCAUAUCUUAGACAAAUAUGGUACGACUAUGGAACUACAAAAGCUGCUCACACAGCUCAACAAAAUGGUGGCUUAUACCGACAAGUUCAUGUCCAACACCUUGCAAACCAAUCCCAGCAUGCAUGGAAUGAAACAAAUACCGUCAUUUACAUCUAUGCUCACAAAGGAUUUAUACUUUGUACCGAAAAAAUAAACGGCAUAAAAUAAACCAAGUGCUUCAAAUUCGAAAGCAAUCUACAACUAUUAAAUAUAAAAAAACGAUUCAUUUAUCCGUAGUAGUUAAGAUAUAUUGAAGUAGAAGAUGGAGAUAACAUUUUGUUUUCACCAAAAUUACACUUUAAGUCUGUUUUUUUUUUUUUACAUUUUUUUUUUUUUCUACAUCUGUUUCUCAUUAUAUUGUGCCAAAAUGACAACGGUUUAUAUUACUAACUUAAUAAAUGUUUUCUUUGUCAAACUAG